AUGGCAUCCCUUGACAUCCUGGAGGACGAGCUGAUGAUGGAGGAAAUGUCGAUACAUUUUGAUGAUUCCCUCGAUCUGGAGGAGAAUAUUGAAAACAAAAUCACUCUUGUGGGCCUUCUCAUUGCUGACCAUGAACCCACCCAGGGUAUUGUUAAAGAUGUGCUGCGUGCAAUCUGGACAAACAUGGGGCAGGUCAAAGUUUUGAAGGCAAAGGAAAACGUGUACUCAAUCACUGUUGGGGAUGAAGCGGUGGCUAGCAGACUCAUAGACGGAAGUCCGUGGUUUAUAAAAGGGAACCCUUUCACCAUUAAACCUUGGCCUCUGUACCAUUCUUUAGACGAUAUUGUAGCAAAUCGGGCAGUUUUUUGGGUGCAAGCUCACGGCAUCCCCCGUAACUUCUGCACUAUGAAAAACGCUAGAACCCUUGGUGAAAGGGUUGGAGCAGUUCUUGAGGUGGAGAAUUUGGAAACAACAGGUUUCAGAGGCUUUCUCAGAUUGAAGAUUGACUUUGAUGCCACUAAACCACUGAUCCCUAGUUUUACUAUGCCCUGCCCUACCACUGGAAAGAGGAAGAUUAGAUUAAAGUAUGAAGGUCUGAAGGAUUAUUGCCGCAAUUGUGGACGGCUUGGUCACUCAAGAGGAUGCCCCUGGACCAUUAGCUCCAUUAACUCCAGAGGUCCUAUACAUGCGGGUGGUUUUGAGGACCUCCAAGCUCCAACAAUAUCUAAAGCAAGCACACACCUCUUCCUUCAACGCCAUGCCAACCGAAAUGCUCAAUCUGGUAUGGACUUGAAUAAAUGGAGGGGAUGUUUGGAGGGGGAAAGCGGUGGCUUGUACGGCCUUUCCGGCGUUGUUGAACCGGAAUACGUUCAAACCUUCGUGACGACCCAACAGACCCGAAUACAGACAAAUCCGACAACAAACACGAGGUCCGCUAUUUCUCUGCAACCUGCAGACCUGCAACCAAAGACAAAUUCUCCCAGGAUUCAGACUGCUCCCCAACCAGUGUCUGCAUCGCUGCAACCUGGGAUGGGCCAGGCUAUCCCUGCUUUGAGCGGACCUACUCGAGCAGACUAUGCAAAUCGCUGGAAUCCUGACAGCUUUGGGACCCAGUUUCAUAAUGGGACCCUGACCAUAGCUGUGAAUGGGUUGUCUCUUAAAAAAAAUUGGUGCGACCCGGAUAGGGUCCCUCCUUGGGCUUUUGAAAAUGCUUCAAACCUUUUAGAGAACAGAUUCUUAGAUGGGCCUUCAACAGAUGCCACACCUCUUAAUGUUGGGCCAACGUUUGUUGAGACUGCCACUUCUGAGCCUUCUAUUGCCUCAUCCAAUGCAAUUGACCCUGGAAAAAAAAAGGAAAAGGAAAAUUGA